AUGGUUGGCAAAGUACCUACAAGUAUUCUAUUGAGUACUGUGUCUUUUCAGAUAAUUUUACUCGUCUAAACGGCCAAAUAUAUCUACAGCACCAUUGCCAGAUGGGAAUUCCAGUGAGGAUAAUAUUGAUAGUGAUGAUGAUGAUGAUGAUUACAACCCUGGUGAUUUGGAGAAUGGGAGUGAAACAGAAAAUGAAGAUUUGAUGAGUCAAUCAGAGGAGAAAUCGUCAGGGGAUGAAAUACCAUUGAAUGAAUGGAAAAGGAGAAAGAAGGAUAAAGAAGAGGUAUUGAUCUAUAUGACAUAUAAAAUAUAUAGCUUUAUUCUUGGGUUUUACUAUGACAUUAUGCAGUGAAUCUGACGGGGCUCAACCUCAAAUGUAUUGAUGCUUCUGCUGUACUGGAGUGAGAAAAUGAUACAAAAUUCAAUGUAUUUGUCACUAAACACAAAGCUAAUACAUAAAAUGAGCAAUCGACUCACUCUGAUAACUGUUUUGUUUUAGAGUUAACCCUCCGUCACUUUUGUGAUGUCAUAUGAAACCCAAAAAUAGACUGUCUUUUUGCUUUCUUUAGAAUGAAGUAAAAUUCCCAUGGAAGACAGAUACCACUUGGGAAAGUCCUCGAGAAUCAAAAAUUUCACUGGAGAAGCUCAAACCAUUGAAUGCAACAUUGACGAAUGUCACUCAACCUAUGGAAUUUUUCAAAACCUUUGUCACAAAUGAUAUACUUGAAGAUAUAAUGUUCCAAUCCAACUUAUACAACACACAACAGGCAAAUAAAGGCCAUAAACGAGCAGUGAAGAGAAGGGGUUCCUCGGAGACCCUGUAUAGAGAAGUAAAGCCAAUAACCCAGCUGGAAUUGUGA